ACGGGAACACCUUCUUGAGGCCUAGAACCAGAUGCGGGCAGCAGCUAAUCUUCACAGACGCGAUGUGCACUUCGAGGUGGGCGACUGGGUGCUUCUCAAAUUACAGCCUUACCGCCAACAUUAUGUCGCUUGGCGUUCGAAUCAGAAGUUGGCCCGGCGUUUCUAUGGGCCUUUCCGGGUAUUACAGCGUGUGGGCAACGUGGCCUACCGCCUUGAGCUGCCUGCCGGGUCUCGGAUACACCCAGUAUUUCAUGUGUCCUUGCUUCGGCCAUUCCAUGGGGACCCAACUUCGGCCAACCCACUUCCCUUGCCCGCGGUUGGUCGACGGCAGAGCUCCCUCGCGCCCAGUACGAGUACAUGAUUAUCGCACCACUUUAAUGGAUGGCCUGCCGGUGCGCCAGGCCUUGGUUGAAUGGGCUGAUGGAGGCUUAGCUGAUGCUUCUUGGGAGCCAGUGGAGACCCUAGGUCGCAAGUACCCCGAUUUUCACCUUGAGGACAAGGUGCAAUUAGAACCGGGGAGGGAUGAUACGAGUAGCGACCAGGUGGACGAGGAAGUUGUCCACUUCUACUACAAAAUAGCAGAACCCUUCCCAAUUGCCGAUUCUCCUCCUCUGUAUGCCCUAUCGCAGAUUUCUUCAUCAGCCAAAACUUCUUCGCCAAAAAUUCGCUGAUUCUUGUGGUAGAUCUUCGCCGAAGGAAAGGAAAUCCGCUGUUUCUUCGCGUAUUCUUCACGGAUUCUUCAUGUCAAUUUCGAAAUCUAAAACGUCACAAUCCCCUUAUUCUUCUAAGUCAAUUCGAUAACCAGUCUGCGCAUUCUAAGGCUGAGAUUAGCUAGGAAAGGUUGAUCAAAGAGGUGUGAAAGUUUCAUGCAGUAAGAGAGUGUGGACUUGAAGUGCAAGCUGUAGGGAUGUGGCUUUCAGGGUAGCCACACUAAGGAGCUGCUGGGACAACGGAAAAAACGUAGGACCCAAAUCCGGCUUCCAUAACUUUGCUGACGCCAUUGCACAACCAAUUCCAAUGGACAACAUCAUCUUCAGCAAUCCCAUAGCGCCAAUAAAGGCCCAGUCUAAAAAUCAGGAAAGGAUUGAAGGGAACCUUGCUUACAGAUUCCAAGAUAUCACUUUCUUCAAUGGGUCUAUGGAACUAAUGGUUGUCCGUAAAAAGAAGCUUCAUCCUCUAACAACUUCCUUAACAUGACAAUUAAUUUUGAACACGCUGAAGUACCAUUACAUAACCUUUUCAAAUUGCUAAAGCAGGUUACUCGUCACAAGAGUUACUCCAAAGCUAUUGCCAAUGAAUCGCAGUUAAAACAAAAUAUGCUUAUACUUCUUUCUUCAGAGGAUUGCUUCUUAAGUGUGAAUAACAAAUUACCAUAAAAUGUUAUCCUCAAAUUGCCUUCAGUUGAUAUGACAUAACCACUUUGUUUUAAUAAAAUUCAUUUAUAUAUUGACUAUAGUGUUGCUCAAAUGAGUACACAAAAGCGGAAGAUAAUGUUUCCAUAUACAGGCAUAAUUUUCACUGUAUAUUCCCAGGACUUUUCAACUAAAGUGAAUCUUGAAAUGUCAGCUGUUUACAACUUCAUUUAGAAAAGAAUGAUAAUUUUUAUUUUAUAAGCAUUCUUGGAUACAUCACUAAUCACUAUUCCUUAAAUAGAAUAUUAAUUAUUGUUUUAAAUUUGAAUUUACAGUGUCUUUGUAGCUUCUUUGAAAGUGGCAGGUGAAGCUCCUUCAGGAAACCGGAUUCUUGAUGAUUGACUUGAUUUGUCACCUUUGUAGAUAUCCAUGUUCUUUGGUAUUUCACCU